GAGUUCAGGGCUGAGUCAGGCAGGUGCGCUGUAGCUUUAAGAGGUGAAAGCUGGGAGGGCGCAGGGAGCGACAGUCGCACACAGACACAUUCAGCGGCAGUUCCGAUCUGAUCAGACUCCGGAGCACUGGGAGCCGCACUCACUAUGAUUCCUCCCGAGCGGCCGCACCUCCCUGUGUCGCUCUCUGCUUAGUCCUGAGCGACUGUCGCACGGGGCAACUUCUGUCAGCGCUUUGUCGCUGCACCCGGCGGGACCCGGGGAGGAGAAUUCGUUUUGGAGCGGCAACAGGUGAGGCUGCGGUGUAUGGAGAGGCUGUGGCUGGACUACAACUCCCACAAUCCCUUGUUAAUUCGGGGUGAAGCCGCUCCCGACUGACUUUGUGUUUCCCCCGUAGAUCGAUGGGGAACCAGGUGGAGAAACUGACCCACCUGAGCUACAGAGAAGUCCCCACUGUGGAUCCCACCGGUUUAGACCAGGACGAGGGCCCGAGGAUCGGAGUCUCCUACAUCUUCUCAGCGGACGACGAUGAAGCGGAGGAUCCCGGGGGGCAGGACUCGGGCAGACAGAGCGCGGUGGUGUCUCCGCGGGGGCGGGACGAUGUUCCGUAUGACGCGAGUGACGAGCUGGAGAGUCACGUGUAUUACCGGCACGAGUGUAUCUAUGAGAGGAGCGCGGGGCAGGGAGCGACUUACUCCCCGGAGAGGCUGCUGGACACGUGUCAGCCCGGGGACCUGCUGGAGUUCGUGGGGAAGAACCAGUUCCCGCACUGGGCGGUGUAUGUGGGGGACCUGCAGGUGGUGCAUCUGUAUCGGCUCCGCAUCAGCAACUGCUUCGUGACCGACGCCAGCCUGGGCCGCAGGGGAAGGAUCGUCAACGACCGCUACAAGUUCAAAGCCCUGAGCCCGGAGCUGGUGGUGCAGAACGCGAUGGAGCAGGUGGGCUGCAAAGACCGGGAGCUGAGCUGGAGGAACUCCGAGUGCUUCGCCGCCUGGUGCCGCUACGGCAAAAGGGAGUUUAAGAUCGGCGGCGAGAUCCGCAUAGGAAAACAGCCCUACCAGCUCCGCAUUCAGCUCUCCGAGAAGAAGAGCCACACGCUAGAGUUCCAGAGCCUCGAGGAUCUCAUCAUGGAGCGGAGACGCAACGACCAGAUCGGCAAAGUCGCAGUCCUGCAGGAACUCUCCAGCCACCUCCAUGGGGACGAGGAAACCCGGACAGACUCCAAUGGCAAUACAACUGCACCCUAGGGGGGUAACUACUGCACCCCAACCUGGGAUACUGCUGCACCCUAAGGAUAACUCUGCUGCACCACUGGGGAUAGUGCAGCACCCAAGGGAUAACUCCACUGCACCCUAGGGAUAACUCUGCUGGAUAACUGCUGCACCCCAGCCUGGGAUACCGUUGCACCUUGGGGAUAACUGUGCUGCACCCCUGGGAUACUGCUGAACCCCAAGGUUAACUGCACCCUAGGGAUAACUGCUGGAUAACUGUGCUGCACCCCUGGGAUACUGCUGCACUUGUGAGCCGCCAAACUGAGCCACCUUAACCCUUUACUUCCCUUCAUAUGAGAGGGAGGGAGAGCCUAUUUGUUCUUUCUACUUUGAGUUUUACCAUUUCAGCCCCCCCCCACCCCAUGCUCGUAGAAUUCCCGCUGCCUAUAUCCCAAUAUCUGACUUUUCCAAAUCUGUUCCAUUUCACUUUCACAAGGAAUCAUUUCCCUGCGUGUGAUUGGUGGCAGACAGCCCUUCCCUUUAACCCUGGUGAUUCCAGAAAGGAACCGGUUCUGCCUCGUGUUUAAGUGGAGGAGGUGUGGUCUCCUGGAUGUGUUGGCAGGAUCGAAUCUGCUUGUUAACCUCUUCAGUGCCGCCUGUAGUUGUGGGUGGGGGGGACUGGUUAUUUAUAUCCUGUGGUCAUUCGACUUUUUGUUGGAGUACAACUCCCAGCAUCCUCCCCUCCACAGCCAAAGGCCAGGUGGUACUGGGAGUUGUACAUCAACACUAAUGGAAAGACUGGAGGUGGGAAACCUUGUCAUAUACUUUGACUUUUGUUGCCAAAACGGCCACUUGUCCUGCCCACAGCUGCUGCUCUCUCUGCAUUAUAAAUGAUUGUGGAUUCAUGCACUAAAAGGCGCCAGGGUUUCUGCUGGUCUGGUCUAGUAACCCAUAACAACCAGGAGAUGGCAUCUGAUUGGUUGCUGUGUGCUACUCUACCUGGACAAACUUUGCCCCUUUUAUCGCAUUCCCCUGAUUUAUCUGCUGAUGCUAAUAUCGUGCUAAAGGCAGGACUCCUAUAGACUUACGGCAGGGAACCUAUUGCUAUGGGAUAAUACCUCCUAUGCAGCCUAACUGCCCACGGUAGGUGCCCUUUGUAUAAAUGAGCAGAUGUGGGUGCUGAGCUCACAAUGGGGUGUCUUACAGGUACACAAUAUACAGACUAUACAAAGAGGGGACUCAUUAGGGCUGUGCACCAACAGAGCCAGUGUUUGUGUCUGUUGCCUUGGUUACAGACACAGGAAGUUGACCCUGCAGCCAUUUAGCUGACAUGAGUUGUUUUAGUAGUGCAGGAGACAUUUUGCCUAGGCCUACACCCACCAUAGAGCACAUCUGUGCCACUUAUCAGGGCUAGGGCUGCCACCUGGCCAGUAUUUUAGCGGCCUGGCCGGUAAAAAUGAUGGUUGACCCCAAUGUUAUUAAUAGGGAAUAAAGAUAAAUAUAUAGGAAGGCCGCUAUUUUUUUCCAGAAAAGGUGGUAACCCUAAUCAGAGUCCAGGGCCAAUUCCAACUCAACUACCCAUAUUCUAGUCCUAAAAGUGAGUCUGAUUAAUGUGGAAAUACUCACUCUAGAACUGCGUGACUAUUGCAGGUGUCUUUCAGGAUCUCUUUGCGUGAGAAACAGGUGGCUGCAUCCUCAGCUCAUAUAAAUUCUACUGAGUCACUCACUCCUCCAGCUGCAGCUAUUGCCCGGCAGCCCUGUACUGUACAACAACUCCUAACCCUUCCCUAUAGUAACGCCAUUGUCUCACACAGGACUCCUGACCCUGGACAGUGAAUUUCUUUUUCAAGUAAGCUGUAUUUAUUUAAUAUUUCUCAUAUACACUCCAGCCACAGAGCCACUCAUUAGUGUAGGGAGUCCUGAAUACAGAAUAUAUAUGUAUUUAUUAUUAUUACUCAGAGAUGUUUCUGGUUGAGGCUGAUUAUCUUUUUUCAUCAGACAGAAUUCUCUGUUUUCUGCUGGUUAUUUGCAUAACUGCUACCGUCCCGUCCUCAUAAAAAUGAUUUGCAGACUUUAAUUUUCAGAUGCAGUCUGUUGGCCCUGGGAAGAAAAAUCUUUAUUGACUUUGUCAUCUAAGAUAUUGUAAACCGUGAGAUACUGUAAUAUAUUAAUGAACGUGGCACACUCCCGUCUGUGUGGUGAGCUCAGCCGUACUGUGCUAUUGUCUGGCACAUAGAUACUUACUGUAUUUAAUAGUCUCUGGGAAGUGGCUGGGGCUGUGGGAUAGCAGGUAUAGUAGGGAGAGAUGGUGCCUAUAGUAACAGUGGAUAAUAGUCUCUGGGAAGGGACUGUGCCUGUGGGAUAGCAGGUAUAGU